AUGCUGGGCAGCCCGUCCGACAACGGCGGCGUCAGGAUGCUGGCGCCCCCGGCCCCGAGCGACGACCGGCGGGUGGAGUUUGUGGCGCUCACCGCCGUCCACACGGAGAGGAGCGAGCCGUCCACGCCGGAGCGAGGGCUGCCGUCUCACCGCACCGGGCUGCUGGGCACGCCGCUGCCGGGACCUCCGGGACCCCGGGCCCACACGUCCGCCUCCAGCAAGCGCUUCCGAAAGUUGCAGAACUGCUUGUACAACGUGCUGGAGAGACCGCGGGGAUGGGCCUUCAUCUACCAUGUCUUCAUUUUUGUGCUGGUGUUCGGCUGCUUGCUGCUGUCCGUCUUCUCCACCAUCACAGAACACCAGGAGGUCGCCAACCAAGGCCUCUUCAUCCUGGAGUUCGUGAUGAUCGUGGUUUUCGGGCUGGAAUACUUCAUCAGGAUCUGGGCGGCGGGAUGCUGUUGCCGGUACCGCGGCUGGCAGGGGCGGCUGAGGUUCGCCCGGAAGCCCUUCUGCAUCAUCGACUUCAUCGUGUUCGUGGCGUCGCUGGCGGUGAUCGCGGCGGGCACGCAGGGCAACAUCUUCGCCACCUCAGCCCUGCGCAGCAUGCGCUUCCUGCAGAUCCUGCGCAUGGUGCGCAUGGACCGGCGAGGAGGCACCUGGAAGCUGCUGGGCUCUGUGGUCUACGCUCACAGCAAGGAGCUGAUUACAGCGUGGUACAUCGGCUUCCUGGUGCUCAUCUUCGCCUCCUUCCUGGUCUAUGUGGCCGAGAAGGACAACACCGACUUCAGCAACUACGCAGACUCCCUCUGGUGGGGGAUUAUAACGCUGACCACCAUCGGUUACGGCGACAAGAUCCCUCGCACCUGGCAAGGUCGUCUUCUGGCCGCUGGCUUCGCUCUCUUGGGCGUCUCCUUCUUUGCGCUACCCGCAGGAAUUCUGGGCUCUGGCUUUGCCUUGAAGGUCCAAGAGCAGCACCGGCAGAAGCACUUUGAGAAGAGACGCAUGCCCGCCGCCAACCUCAUACAGGCGGCGUGGCGCCUCUACUCCACAGACGCCAAACACUCGUACCUGACAGCCACCUGGUACUUCUACGACAGCAUGCUACCUUCCUUCAGAGAACUGACGCUACUGUUCAGUCACCUCCAGCGACAGCGUAACACCAACAAGAAGGUUCUGCACAACUCCUACCACACGCCGCUGUCAGGGCUGCGGCCCUACAGCGCCCCCUACCUGUCGGGGGACAGCAGUAAAAUAGGCUUCCGGGAUCGCAUCAGGAUGAACAAUUCCCGAUCCGCCCAGGCCAUCCGCAGUAAGGCCUCGCCGCAGCCGCCCGCCUCCAACGUGGGGUGCUCCCCCAGCCAGGAGAACGUCCCCGACAAUGCCAGCCCCGGGAAGGUGCAGAAGAGCUGGAGCUUCAACGACCGCACGCGCUUCCGCACCUCGCUGCGCCUCAAAGCGCGGCCGCCCGCCGACGCGGACGGGCUGGGAGAGGACAGCGUGGAGGACAGAGGCUACUGUGAAGUGGCCAUGGAUGAAGUCAUUCCCGCCGUGAAGACGCUCAUCCGGGCCGUCAGGAUUUUGAAGUUUCUGGUGGCCAAGAGGAAGUUCAAGGAGACGCUGCGCCCUUACGACGUGAAGGACGUCAUCGAGCAGUACUCGGCGGGACACCUGGACAUGCUGGGACGCAUCAAGAGCUUGCAGAUGCGAGUGGACCAGAUCAUCGGGCGAGGGGCCGUUCAGCCCGACAAGAAAGUGCGGCCAGAAAAGGGCGAGAAAACGCCGCCAGAGCUGGACUCUCUGGACGAGCUCAGCAUGAUGGGACGUGUGGUUAAGGUGGAGAAACAGAUUCAGUCCAUCGAGAACAAGCUGGACCUCCUGCUCAGCUUCUACUCACAGUGCCUGAAGAAAGGCUCCUCCCACCUCACCUUGUCCACCCUGCUGGACCCGGACCUUACCUCAGACUACCACAGCCCCACGGACCAAAGAGACCUCUUCCCGUCCGCCAACACGCUCAACAACAUCUCCCAGUCGGAGAGCUGCAACUUGGAGUCGCAGUGAGCGUACACUACGGCGGCCCUCUUGUUUUGUUUUUUUUUUGCUUGAUUUUUCGCCUUUUUACCCUGGUCCUCUGGUCCUGCGUCCUCAGGUCGCUCCUCAUGUGACUGCUACAGCCAUGGGCCACUAGAGGACUCCACCGGACCACCUUUUGGUCCUGCCGAGGAGGAGGAAGACAGAAAAGGGGGACAAACUAUUUGACACAGACGUCAUUCUGGUCCCUCACAGCGACGACGAGCAAGAGCGUGCAGAAGAAAGUCACAAUUCGGUGCGUGACCUCCUCCAAGGUGCUUUUUUUUUUCACACGAAUGGACAGACGUUGGCUAGCAAAAAACUCCAUGUUUGCUCGGUGCACGCUGGAGCGCGCCUCCGUGUUUACGUGCUAGCGUCGUUACACUUUGAAAGAGGUAACGCUGAAAGAAGAAGAAGAAUGCAGCGUAUUGCAUGACUUAGAAGCAAUGAUCUGUGUGCCUUCUGCUAACAGACACCGCCAUCAUUUAGAUUUGAAUACUGUAAAUAUCUUAAUUUGAGCGUGUCAACAACACCCGGGGGAGUGAAUGAAGUGUACCGUUCGAAGAGACACGCUGACCCACCCGCCGCUUUGUUAGGAACACCUGCACAAUGCGCGAUAAAACCCAAAAUUAUUGGAGGUAUUUAUUUGUAUAUGUAUAUAUACUGUAUGUAUAUAC